ACAAUUAUAUUUUGUUAUUGUAAAUUUGUAAUCCUGUACUAUAUAAAUAUAUAUUACUAUAAUACGUGUAAUAUAAUGUAUAUUUUUACAUCAAUAUUAAAAGAACUUUAGGAGCUAUACCAACAAUGUGGAUUUAAGACGUAUUUAAAAAUAGUAUUCGCAAAACAAUGAUUUAUAAUGCAGUUAGUUAUUUUCAAAUAAAUUGUUUAUUUGUCAGAUUUAGUUAACAUGCCGUCUGCGUAGGUUAAGUUAUGAAUUCUAAUAUCAUGACAGAAAGUUUCCUAAACACCGAUUCAUUAUGAAACAUGAGUUUUUUAUUCGAUCUAAUUAGAAGUGUUUUUUUAAGAAUGUUAGAAUUAAUUUGGUCAAGUAAAACCCGUAUUUCAAAUACUCUAAGUAUUUACGUGAAGACAAACACUGGAAAAACUGUGCACAUUGAUUUAAAUCCAAAAUGGGACAUCAAGAAUGUCAAGGAAAUUGUUGCCAAAAAAUUGGACAUGCCUGCAGAGGAGUUAAAAAUUAUUUUCGCCGGUAAAGAACUUCACAAUUCAACAAUAAUUGAGGAAUGCGAUUUGGGACAACAAAGUGUUUUACAUGCAGUUCGAACUCAUCAUAAAGUUAAAAAAAUUAAUAAAACCACAAUAGAGGAAUCAAUAUCAGAAAAUUCGGAAUAUAAUGACAGUGGAAGUAAACCUCUCAAUGAAACUUUGUCCGAUUUACCCUUGGACGAAUCCAGUGAAUUAGAAUCGACUUCGGAAGAACAAAAAAAUCGAGCGCACUUUUAUAUUUAUUGCUCGGCUCCAUGCAAAUCUGUUGAGGCUGGAAAAUUGCGAGUUAGAUGUGCAACUUGUAAACAUGGUGCAGUCACUGUCGAUAGAGAUCCACAAUGUUGGCCAGAUGUCUUACUGCCGCAAAGAAUAACAGUUCAUUGUGAAAAUGAAUUUUGUCAAUUCUCCAUUUCACCGAAUGACGAGAUUGAAUCGCAAGUUCAUUAUGCACAAUUUUAUUUCAAGUGCGCAAAACAUCCCAGUUUGGGAGAAACUGACGAAGCAGUGCCUUUAUAUCUCGUGAAACCGAAUUUAGCGAAAAUUCCCUGCCUCGCUUGCACUGACAUUAGAGAAACUGUAUUGGUUUUUCCAUGUGAAGCGGGUCAUGUCACUUGCUUGGAUUGCUUUCGUGAUUAUUGUUCGUCGAGAUUACGCGAAAGGCAAUUUCAAUUUGACGACACACGUGGAUAUUACACUUUACCUUGUCCUGCUGGUUGUCCAAAUUCAUUUAUUCCCGAAAUUCACCAUUUUCAUCUUCUACCCUCACAGCAAUACGAACAAUAUCAACGUUUUGGUACAGAAGAAUAUGUUCUUCGUGAGGGAGGAAUUUUAUGUCCGCAGCCCGAUUGUGGAAUGGGAAUAAUACCACCAAAAGUUGAAAAUGGAUAUACGGAGGAAGAUUGUCGUAAAGUGCAAUGCAUCGGUGGUUGUGGAUUCGUAUUCUGCAAAAAAUGUUUACAAGGAUAUCAUGUUGGCGAUUGUGAACCUCAGGCUCAAUCUUAUGGCAAUUCGAGCUUUGGAUCUGGAUACGUUGUAGAUCCUUUAAAAGCAAAGGAUGCAAAAUGGGAAGAAGCAAGUAAAAAGACGAUAAAAAUUUCCACAAAGCCGUGUCCUAAAUGCCGAACACCAACAGAAAGAGAUGGAGGAUGUAUGCACAUGGUGUGUACAAGAGCUGGUUGUGGAUACCAGUGGUGUUGGGUGUGCCAAACCACUUGGACAAGAGACUGUAUGGGCAAUCACUGGUUUGGUUAAAUUUACCAAAUGAAAUUUAAUUUAUUCCCUUUAAAUUGAAUUCACAUUAAUUCACUAAUUAAUUCUUUAAUUUAAUAUACCUUCUUUAUUUAAUAUUUAAGUUUCUCUUCUACGAAAAUGACAUUUGUGAUACUUAUAUAACUUUUUCCAAAAAAGAACAUUUUUUAAAUAUGUAAACAUUAUAUCUAUUUGUAACGAGAACUUAAUAGAUAAUAAAUUUGAAUUCUUUACAA